AUGGCGCGCGCGGUGGAGCCGCCGCCGGCGCCGCGGACGCGCGUCCCGGACCGCGCGGGGACGGGGAUGAGCGACGCCGAGGACGCGACGAGCGACGCCGCGGUGAGGACGCGCGCGCUUCGAGGGCUCUCGAUCGCGCGUUCGAAAUUCGACGGCGAACGCGACGACGACGACGACGACGACGACGACGGCGACGACGACGGCGGCGGCGCGGAGGAAGACGACACGACCGCCGCGCGGCGCGUCGCGCGCGCGAACGCGCGCUUCGCGCUCGCGCCCGCGUCCGUGCUCGAGGCGCCGCCGAGCUUCGGAGGUCUCGGCGCGGGCGCGCUCCCGCCGCCGACGCCGACGACGACGACGACGACGACGGGGCUCCGAUCGCUCGUCGGCUUGCCGUCCCCGGGCGCGCUCGCGCCGGGGCACGACGCGGCGACGCGUCGAGGCGCGCUCGCGGGCGGCGACCUCCUCCCGCUCCCGCUCCCGCUCCCGCUCCCGCUCCCGGCGGCGAAUGAUGGAAGAAACGACUCGUUGUCGUGCGUUACCGAUCGAUCGCUCUUCGGCGCGUUGAGACGCGCGCGUCUGCCCGCGAGCGACCGCGCGAGCGUGGACGUGCGGUUGACGCUGCCGCCGUGGGGCGAGGGCGGCAUCCGCGCUGGCGAGGACGAGGACGAGGACGAGGACGAUGGCGGCGACCACGACGAACGCGACGACGCGAGCGAGGCGGCGGCGCCCGCGCCGGGGACGCCGGAGCGGUCGUCGUCGACGAGAGACGAGGAGAACGAGGAGGAGGAGAACGAUCGGGACCGAACGAUGAAAACGCCGGAGGUGGGCUCCGUCGCGUGGUGGACGACGCUCGCCGCGACCGACGCGAUCGCGCGCGACGCCGUCCUCGGCUGGGACCUCCUCCCCGCGGAGCGCCCCGCGUGCGGCGCGUUUACGUCGCAAGGCGAGCGCGCGUUCAAGGGUGCGUACGCGCGGCACGUCGCCGCCGCCGAAAAAGGCGUCGAUCGACCGCCGAGCGUGGCGACGGAGGCGGAGGUGGUGCACGCGACGCGCCGCGCGCUCGCGGGCGGCGCCGCGGCGGCCGCGGCGCUGCGCGAGACAGCGUCCGCGUCCGACGGCGACGGCGACGCGGCGGCGCGGCGUUUCAGGCUCCCCGCGUCCGGCGCGAAGGCCACGGGCGCGGCGUUGGCGCCGCUCGCGGACGCGGCGGAGAAGCGACGCGACCUCGAGGCGUUCGCGUCGCGGUGCGCCGCGUUCGCGACGCGCGACGACGACGCCCCGGGGCUCGUGACGCAGGCGCUCGGGACCGCGGUUCGAGCCGUGCUGCGGUCGCACGCGGCGUCGCUGCAGUCGCUUCCGGGCGCGAUCGAGGCGCGGAGGCGCGCGGAGCGCGAGCGCGGCGCGCCGUUGGCGGCGGCGUACGCCCUUCGCGGCGGAACCACCGGAAAAGAAACUUACGACGGAAAAGAAAACGACGGAAAAGAAAACGGCGUCGGCGACGGCGCGACGCUCCUCGAAGCCGUCGCGCACACGCGGCGGAUCCGCGCGCAGCUCGACGUCCUCCACGCACUGUGCUUCGACGGCGACCGGCGAGAGCCGCUGAGCGGCGCGGAGUACCUGCGACGGCUGACGCGCGCGUGCGCGAUCCCCGGAUGGUCCGCGGAUCCGUCCGCGCGGCCUUUGGUGCGGUAUCUCGCUCGAGCGGCGGCGAGACCGUUCCUCGCGCAGCUCAAGACGUGGCUCCUCGACGCGACCGUGGACGACCCCCGGCGCGAGUUUUGCGUCGCCGCGAGCGACGUGUGGGGCGCUUCGAGCGGCGAGCUCGAGCGUGGCGCCGCGGAGAGCGGGGUGAUUCGAUGGGCGAGCGCGGACGACGGCGGCGACGACGUCGCCGCCGCACGCCUCGUCGGCGAGACGAAGGACGAGAAGCUCGCGUCCGGGGCGAGUAAACUCCCGCCGUGGGAGGGCGGCCCGCCAGGGCGGACGUCCGCGAGCGCGCAGCAUCGAGGCGCCGACGCGGUCGAGGCGGCGUGGUUGCGCGAGAGCGACGGCGAAGGGGAGGACGAGGACGAGGACGACGCGCGCGCGUCGAUCGCCGCGCCGCGCGCGCGCGCGCCGCAUCCGCUGCUCGGCGGCGCGGAACGCGUCGUCCUCGCGACCGGGGUGCAGCUCAGGGUGUUGCAGCGGCUGCCUCAGACGUCCGAGUUCGCGGCGUUCGUUCGAAACACGCUGCUCCGCGAAUCGAACGACGACGACGACGACGACGACGAAGCCGGCGCGUGGACGCUCGCGUUCGACGCGCGCGAGUUCUCCGCCGUCGCCGCCCGCCGCGAGCGCGAUCGCGUCGCGAUGGAACGCGCCGCGAGCGCGUGCCUCGACGCGAUGGCGUCGACGCGCGCGGCCGCGAGCGCGCGCGCGGACGCGCGGCGACGCGCCGCGCGAGCGGCGGUACGCGCGAGGGAGCUCGAGAAGGAGGCGCUCCUCGCGGAGGGACGCGAGGCGUUGCUGACGGACUUUGAAGAGCGCAUCGCGGCCAUCGUCUCCAGGCGCGAGCGGGAGAUCCCCUUCGAGCACACGCUCGCCGAGUGCGUCUUCAAGCGCGUCGUCGACGCGCACGCCGUCGUGUCGUCGCUCGUGACGCGGACGCUGCUCGACCACCUCGGCGUCGAGACGCACGCGAGGGCGAUCGACGCGUACGUUCUCCUCGGCGCGGGCGACUUCGCGACGCGUCUGAUCGAGGGCUUGGAGCUCGCCGCGCGAGUGGACGACCGCGCGACCGCGCGAGGCGGCGCCGCGCGGCAGGGCGAGACGCUCGACGCGUCGCGCCUCUCGACGGCGCUUCACGCCGCGACGCGGGAAUCCUCCGCGGCGUCGGACCCGCUCGCGUCGCGGCUGUCGCUCCUCCCGCGCGACCCGCUUCUGGCGGAGCGAGGCGGCGACGACGACGCCAUCGCGAUCGACGACGGAGGAUUCCCCGGGUUCUCGUUCACGCGCGAGCGCGAUGACGCGAUGCGCCGCGCGUCCUUCAGCGAGCACGACGCGCGAAUGGUGGACCACGUGGACGGCGCGUACGACGUGGAGUGGCCCGCGUCGCUCCUGUGGCCGCGCGCCGCGCGUUCGAAGCUCGCGGCGGCGCAGCGCGCGGUGCUGCGGACGCGGCACGCGCGGCUCGCGCUGCAGGAGGCGCACGCGCGGGUGCUCGAGGCGGGGAACGUCGCCGUCGCCGGCGGGGGGGCGAGCGGGGGCGCCGGGAGGGCGAAGCGCGCGCUCGCGUCGCGCCGCCUCCGCCGCCUCUCGCUGUUAUCCGCCGAGCUGCGGCAUUUCGUCGGCGCGGUGGAAUCGCACGUCGGCGGGGAGGUGCACGGCCACGCGAUGCACGCGCUUAACGCGCGGCUGCGCGCGCGCGACGAUUCGUAUUCUUCUUCUUCCGGCGGGGACGGUUCGAAUUCUUCUUCUUCUUCCGGAAACCCCGGCGCCGUGCGCCCGCGCGACCUGUACGAGCUGCGCGACGCGUUCGUCGCGCACGCGUCGGACGCGCACGCCGCGUGUCUGCUGUCGCCCCGCGACGCGUCGCUUCUCCGCGCCGUCGACCGAACGCUGCAGCUCGCGCUGGACUUCCGCGCGGCCAUGCGACGGUCCACCCCGGAGACGCUUCUCACGGACGCGCCGCUGUACGCCGCCGCGCAGGGCGUGCACGCGAGGUUUACCGUCGCGGCGAGGGAGGCGUGCGCGCGGUUGCGCGACGCGGCUCGCGACGUCGGCGGCGCGUUGGGUGGGGUGGACCCGCGGCGGGCGGCGGCGCUGUUGCGACAGCUGGACUACAACGGGUAUUAUUUAUCCAGCGCGGAGGUGGCGUGA